GACUGGUCGCCCAAUUCGUUUUAUUUUGGAGCGUGGAGAUGAUAUGCUAAUUACUGGAGGACGCCACCCACUACUUGGGAAAUAUAAAAUAGGUUUUAUGAAUGAUGGCAAAAUCAAGGCAGCAGAUAUUGAAUAUUAUAUUAAUGGAGGAUGUACACCAGAUGAAUCAGAAAUGGUAAUAGAAUAUGCUGUACUCAAACUGGAAAAUGCUUAUAAAAUUCCUAACCUCCAAAUCCAAGGCUGGGCUUGCAAAACCAACUUGCCAUCCAAUACAGCCUUCAGAGGCUUUGGUUUUCCACAGGGAACCUUUGUGACAGAGUACUGGAUAACAGCUGUGGCAGCUAAAUGUAAUUUACCACCAGAGAAGGUUAGGGAACUAAACAUGUACAAAACCAUUGAUAGAACAAUCCACAAACAGCAAUUUGAUCCAAAGAACCUGAUAAGAUGUUGGGAUGAAUGUAUGGAAAAAUCUUUAUACUAUAGCAGAAAAAAGGCCAUAGAAUCAUUCAAUCAGCAGAAUUACUGGAAGAAGAGAGGGAUUGCCAUUAUUCCCAUGAAAUUCUCUGUAGGAUAUCCAAAGACAUAUUAUCAUCAGGCUGCUGCCUUGGUUCACAUUUAUACAGAUGGGUCUGUAUUAAUUACACACGGGGGAACUGAAUUGGCACAAGGUCUUAACACCAAAAUGAUACAGGUGGCCAGUCAUGAACUGAAGAUACCAAUGUCAGAUGUGUACCUGAGUGAAAUGAAUACCGUAACAGUGCCAAAUACAGUCGCCACUGCGGGAUCAAUUGGAGCUGAUGUCAAUGGGAAAGCAGUGCAG